AUGGCCUUGGGCAUUGACGUUACCAAUGACAAUGAUGAAGUCCACCCUCCAUCACUCUGUGGGAGCUGCUUUAGAAAGGUGAGGCGAUGGAAGGAUGCUCAGAACAAGAAAAAAUCUGUACCUCUGAACGUAACCGUGCACACAUUCUCUCCACAUGGAGAUUCAUGUGUAAUAUGCACUAAGUCAAAUGAUUCACCACAGAAGAUUUUGUGGGAGCAGCAAAAAAAAUCUGCAACAUCAAAACCCACAGCAAUGCGUUGGCGUCCUUGUUUAUUGAGGAUGUGCAUUGCUCUCAAUUCGAAAUCCUCGUCAGCUCAUAACCUCCUCCGCAAUUCUGGAUUCAUAAAUCUUCCCUAUCAGAACACUCUCAGAAAAUACACGCACUUCACAGAUUCUACUCCAGGGUUCAAUAAAGAUCUUCUUACAGAAAUCAUCAAGGAACAAGAUCUUGAUAAUCAGCCUGACUUCAAGAGAAAUGUAUGUCUGCUGAUGGAUGAGAUGAAAAUCAAAUCUGGUUUGGUUUUCAGUGCCAGUGGACGGUUGGUGGGGUUCAGUGACCUGGGUAAUAUAAAUAAUGAACAGAAAACAUUUGAAGAAUAUUUGAAAGGAGAAAGCACUAAGUUAGCAACACAUGUUUUUGUGCUGAUGGUAAGGGGCAUAUUUUCAGGACUGAAGGCCCCAUUUGCAUACUUCCCAUGCUCCAACAUGAGCUCUGAACAAUUGUACCCUUGUGUAUGGGAAGGAGUCAAGUUGCUAGAGGCUUGGGGUUUGAGAGUGAAAAGUAUUACAUCUGAUGGAGCUAGCAGUAACUGCAAGUUCUAUGCGCUCUGUACUGACGAUGCUGAUGCAUAUUGGACCAGGAAUCCUUUUGCCAAGGACCGCAAGGUUAACUUCAUAGCUGAUGUCCCGCAUCUUCGUAAGACCCUGAGGAAUAAUGUGGCAAAUAGUGGAUGUCAUACAAAGACCGGGGGAGCGUUUCAUCAACAUUUUUGUCCGACAAGUUGUCAGAUCUGA